CUCUUUUUUUCCUUCUUUCGCGACCGCAUUCUCUCUUUCUCUACACAAAUGAAAAAAAAAUGGCUAAUUUGCGCCUUUGCUAUUUGCAGAUUUCAAACAGUCUAUGUAAUGAACCUUGGUAUGCCGGUAAAGGAUCCAGGCUUUAUCAUGGAAGUUGGAAAACUGCGAGCAACAGAAAGAAAGUCGGCCAACCGAUCGACAGACAUGUGGGCUGGAGUGGUAGCUGUAUCGUUCAUUGUCGUAGUACAUCUUCAACUACAUCAGCUGCGGAAGCAACUGAGCAAGUGUUUCUCGAAGAUAGGAGUAGUGUUGAAGAAAAGAAGCAGCAGUUUGAGUAUUUGGCGAGUGAGUUUGGAUGGAAAGUAAGGAGGUUAGCUGAGAAUCGAGAUGAGAUGAGGGAAGUAGCUCAAAUUCAAGCUGAAGCAUUUCACACACCAGUGGCUCUCUGUGAUGACCUUUUCUUCGAGUUCUUCAAGGCUGAAGUGCUCUCGGGGCUUCUUUACAAGCUUAAGAACUCACCUCCAGACAGAUAUGCAUGUUUGGUCGCUGAGGCUGAAAGGAUACUGGUGGGCAUUGUGGAUGUCACAGCUUUAAGAGAUAAAGAUGUCCUACAGCACCUUGAAGGAGCAGAUGAAUACCUUUAUAUUUCAGGGAUAGCUGUUUCCAAAAGUUUCAGGCGGCAGAAAAUAGGAAGUGUCUUGCUAAAAGCCUGUGAUGUACUCUCCCAUCUAUGGGGUUUUGAAUGUCUUGCCCUCAGGGCAUAUGAAGAUGAUAUGGGUGCUCGAAAGCUAUACACAAAUGCAGGUUACAAAGUGGUAUCAAGCGAUCCCCAAUGGGUGACUUGGAUAGGAAGAAAACGCCGUGUUCUUAUGAUCAAACGGUCCAAUAUGCUUGAUUAGCAUUUUCUAAUAUUUUCUGUUGCGGAUGUAAUCUAAGCAUGGGCAUGCAUCAAGCAAUAUAAAGGAAGAUUCUGCAAGUCUCCUACGGAUUGCCUAGCAAGUCCCUAGUCAAUAGUUUGUUGCUAGAAGGAUUCUUGAACUUCAAA